AAUGAGCUUAUUCGGCGCGAGUUUAUUCUCAAUCUUCAAAGUGCUACGAAGAAGACACGUCAACUAUACUUCAAGUAUUCAUUCUAGCUCUAUCGGCAGUUUUCGAGAGUUGCCAUGGCAUGGAAAUGCUGCAAUUCGAAUUAUGAUUUUCUAUACUUGAGACCAUACCGACAUAAAAUACGAACUUUUUUAGUUAUUUUUCAUAAAUAGGUAAAGGAUGUUAUUGGAUGCUGCAUCCUGAUUUAUAUUAUAUGUUUGAAAAUGGCUCAUUUUUACCACGAUGUCGUCGUCGUCGUUUUAAACAAAAAUCAUCAAAUAAUCAUCAUUGA